AUGAGCGAAGCCUUCGGCAUCCAGUUAGCAUUCAUGUUAGAGGACAGUCGAGAGAAGACUUCACCAGCUACCGAUAUGACCAUGGCGGCGGCUACCACUGUUAAAUCAACAUUAACCCGAGCCUCUCCAAGUUCAGUCAGAGACACUUCAUUCUGCGAGAACUUUUACAAGUUCGACCUCCAACCUAAGGUAUCCACGACAUGGCCUAAAGGUUACAAACAUCCCAUUCAUGAAUGGGAGUUUUGUCCGUUACAACAGGGACAUUCGGUUCAUCCGACUAUGGAGAUUACACGUAAGAGUCGUCCCGUUCGCCCUACGAUUGAAAUCCCCCCGCACGGGAGGAGUCUGGCUCCCCCACAUGGAAAGAGUAUGUCGCUAUCGAUGAGGGCUUCCCAUAGGGAGCUUGGGUCGAGAAAAAGUAUUGCAAUCCAAUCGCAUUCUCGUGCACGGGCCAUGUCGGAAUCUAAGGCUCGUGGUUCCAUGGUCGUGUCCCCAGGUCUGUGGCCGAAGAAGCGUUUAGCUACACAGAAGUUAAACUACGAUAAGAAUCGGCCUCUUCCACCAUUACCACUGAGGAUCAAGAAGAAUGAAGGAGAGGGGCUGCAGGUCAGUCUUAGUUUCAGAAGGAAAAGAGAGAAUAUGAAGCGUCGACAGCUACAACAGCAAAUAGAGCUUGCGGGUAUUCAACCGAAUACCGGACCCACCCCUAUCAAGAUGCCGCCAAAAUAUACUCAAGAGCAAUCUCCAAAAAUUGAGGCGAUAACACCUGGGAUGGCGGAUGCAGAAGUUGUUACGAUCGGUUUUGAGGCUUAUCCACCCCCAAUUCCUGCGAUCAAUCAAAAGCAACUAUCGAAUAGGCAUGUCUCUGGGGACAACCAUGAUGAUGAUGAUGGGUUAUCAUUAUUUGACUUUAGUUUUGUUCCGGGUGCCAGUGUUGAUAGAGCGCCAGCUGAAGAGCCUAUUUCUCCCUUCAAUGUGAAAGGAGCAGUGGAUGAAAACCUCGAGACCGAUCUCCCUAUCAAAGCGAAGAGGUUCGGCUGCCUACCAAUGAAGUUGCGGCUUGAUCUUCCUGAAAGCGCGGCAUCUGGGUCUCCAACUGCAUCACACCCUCCGGAAGAUGAAGUCACUGAGAUGGAAAAGAUGAGAGAGCAAGCUGGGUCAAGAUGCGUCGGCAGGGAGGAGACCGUGUAUAAUCAAGACGGUGUCGAGGAAAGACGAUAUGUUUAUUACCCAACCCGGCUAUCGAUGGAUCUUCAACGGUCGUCGUCUAUUCUUCAGCAAAAGAGGGUUUCUCUGAACCGCCAACCUCCAUCUUAUACUCACUUCCCACCACACAACUCCCAGGGGGGUGCAUGUGAACAUCAAAAGAAACCGUCGACUUCGUCGUCGAGGUCUCAGAUGACUUUCUCAACCUUUGGUGGUACUGGUCAUAACCAUAAAUACGAUCAUGAUCAUGAGAGUCAGGUGACCGACUGUGAGGACUAUGAAGCCGACGAAGAGGAAGACAUCAACGAAAACUAUACCUGUGCUUCGUCCUUUGUGAGUGCCAGCUCGUAUCCUUCGUCUGAGAUGUCUGCUGGUGACGAUGGUUGCUUCACUCCAGUCCCACAGAGGCUUUCAGCUGCAUCAAAGCAACCCACCCAGAGCGAGAAGCAUUCAUCUAGAGCAACUACGAUUGAAGUGGAUACCACACAAGUUCUUCCUUUACCCUAUGAAAGUAAUAGACCCACAUCAGCGGCACCUGAGUCUUCUGUUCAAGCUUUCCGGCCUAUAACACCGAGGUCAUCGUAUGAUAUCAUCGCUUCGGCAGCGACACCUCAUAUCAAUUUUGGUCUUCCUCCUACGUCUAUCGAACACCACGCCCCAAGGAAGACUGCCAGUGCAUCUCAUAUUCUUGCUUCUGAGAGGCCUGAUUCUGUACAAUUGUUCAUCUCUGAAUCCCGGUUGAGUUCCAACUCAUGCAGCAACCUCAAAUCCGUUUCAGACCAGACCGUGCCGCUCGUGCCGCCGGUUCCCUCUGUAGAAAUUAGUCGAGCACUAAGCCCAGAAACAACAGCAUCUCACAUCAACAACAGUGAAGGGUUAGGAGCCCAAAGUCUCCAUCCACCUUGUCAUAAGAUGUUGGGCCGGAGAAGCCUAACCCCAACCCCGUCAAUGUUUAGGAACGGCGACGGAGGAAAUAAUGGCAAACUCCGUGUUAUCGAAGAAGAGCCUCAUCAACAACGACCAAACACCGCUCCCGCUGCGCCGGAGUGUCAAGGCUCUAGGUCGUUCUUUGAAGACUAUGACGACACAGAGGAUGUCGAAAGUGGGUUUUCCAAGGUAAAAAGGUUUUUGGCUAGAUGCCUAAGUGUGAAGUCACGUCCACUCUCAGGUGUUCAUGAAAGUGGAGCCAUGAGAAAGAAGUCAGAAGAGAAGAGGAAAGCAAAGAAGGCCGAGGGCGCACAAGAGACCAUGAAAAAGAAUAAAGAUAAGAAACAUGAAGAAAAUCCAGCACCACCGCCUAGACCCUCAUCAAGAUUCUCAAGGAUCUCAAGAAUUUCUAAACUGGGAAGGAGCAGCGGCAAGUGGAGGUGGAGUUAUGCAAUGAUGGGAGCUACAUUUUCAUGA